AUGAUUGUUAACGUUUCAGUAGUUUCCAUGUUCACUAUGUCGGGGUUUAGUGGCACAGCGCACUACAGAGUCACCCUCUUCAUCCUCACUUUGUUGUGUUACUGUGUGAUCUGGCUGGUAAACGUGACCAUCAUCGUGACUAUCAUCGUGGAUAAAAACCUUCACGAGCCCAUGUACAUCUUCCUCUGUAAUCUGUGCAUUAACGGACUGUAUGGGACUGCAGGCUUUUAUCCAAAGUUCCUCAUCGACCUCCUGUCUAACUCUCAUGUCAUCUCUUACAGUGGAUGCCUCCUGCAGGGUUUUGUGUUGCACUCUUCAGUCACUGCAGAUUUCACUAUUCUCUUAUUAAUGGCCUAUGACAGAUAUGUGGCUAUCUGUCAGCCUCUGAUUUACCACUCAGUGAUGACGAAGGGAAAAAUAGGCAUGUUUGUGUUUUUUGCUUGGCUUGUACCCCACUAUAUGAUGCUGGUGAGCACUAUAACAACAGCAAUAACCAAAAUAUGCGGCUCACAUAUUCCGAAAAUCUACUGUAUUAAUUAUUUGGUGAAUAGACUUGCUUGUACUCCUCCAUUAGCAAGUGCAAUUAUUCCAGCUUUUAAUUUUACUGUUUGUUUAACCUAUGUAGUCUUAAUUUUCUGGUCUUAUUUGUAUCUGAUCAAAAAUUGCCUUCACUCCGGUGAGAACAGAAGCAAGUUCAUGCAAACCUGUCUGCCGCAUUUACUAUGUUUGAAUAUCUUAGUCAUUAGUAUUCUUUUUGAUUUGAUGUACGUGAGAUUUGGCACGAGUACAAUACCGCAAAGUCUAAAGAAUUUUAUGGCAAUAGAAUUCCUGAUCGUUCCUCCGAUCCUAAAUCCCCUCAUAUACGGUCUCAAACUGACGCAAAUAAGAAACAGAAUCGUGGAGGUUUUUUUAAGGAAGAACUGA